AUGUCGGAAAACAAUCAUGAAGAAGAGGGCCGUGCAUUCAAAGCGCGCCGAACAUCACCUUCCCGAUCCUUUGGUCCGCCGCAUGCGCAUGAGUUUGGGACUGAUGCCAUGGGACCAUCUGCGUCAUACCGAGACGGGCUGGAUCCCACGACGAAGUCACAUGCUGCAUUAGUCGGUCAAGAAAGCGAACAUACUGACUCACUUGAACCUGGUCGUUCGGGCAGUUCGCGGAAGAGUUCUAAUAGCCCGAAUCGACCCAAAGGGCCGCAUCUCGACAUUGUGCAUUUCCCGCCUACAGAACUUUUACGAAUUUUGGCUGCUUUGUUGCAGCAUAUCGCAACAUCGAAUGAUCAGUUGAGGCCCUUCCAGCGCAGUCACACAAAUCCGUCGGCCUCCUUGUCGAGCGAGUCGUCUGAACCCCUACCAUCCAUGUAUUUAUCGCUCAAUGACCCGAAACGACCAAAUAUCACCUCGGCUGCUCUCACUACGCUCAAUGCACCCAGCAGUACGCUCUGUUUCCAUGCACGCCACAUCCCCAGCAUCAGCAUUGAAGCGUACUUGCUUCGCAUUUUGAAGUAUUGCCCGAUGACAAAUGACAUAUUCCUAAGUCUGCUCGUAUACUUUGACCGACUGAGCCGAGUAGGUGCCUUGGGUCAUUUUCCUGGUGAAUCUCCCCCCAGUUCCUAUGGCUCAGAUGCGUGCGACUCGCUUCGACCAGAAGAUUGUGGCGCCUCAACAUCUUCUACGUCCCCUUCACCAAUGACGACUCCAUGGGCGACAAAAGACACCAAAUCUUCAUCCCAAGAGAAACGAACGAAUGCCACUGCUGGGCAUUUUCCCGGCAUUAGCGGGUUCGCGAUCGACAGUUACAAUGUGCAUCGCCUGGUAAUUGCAGGUGUCACAGUUGCCAGCAAGUUUUUCAGUGAUGUAUUUUACACGAAUGCGCGCUAUGCCAAGGUCGGCGGCUUGGCUGUACAUGAAUUGAACCAGCUUGAGCUGCAUUUCUUGCUCCUUACAGAUUUUCGUUUGAUGAUUCCGGUCUCGGAAAUCCAGCAGUAUGGCGAUCAACUCUUGGCGUAUGCGCACGAUCGAUCUGCUUCUUCAACUGUUGCGCGCCCACUCCCCCAAGCUGCUGAAGAGAGACGCAGGGAAUCGGGCAGCGAUGCCGCUCAGGCGCAUGGUUGA